GAUUUCUCAGGAAAGAGAAACUAAACUGUGACACUGAGACUGCUGUGAUUUCUCAGGAAAGAGAAACUAAACUGUGACACUGAGACUGCUGUAAGUGAAACACUGACUGUGCAGCAGAUUAGCUCAGCAGAUUGUCAUUUCUCUUGGUGUAAAACUUUAAAACUGACAUGGAGGGCGAAGAGUCAACAGAGACAAAGGACUCCAGCUGCACACCAGACCCAGUGAAAGACCCAGUGAAGAACAGGAACGAGACAACAAUGAGGACCAAAGAGGAGGACAUGCUGUCCAUGAUCACUUGGAAUGUGGAUGGUCUGGAUGAUGAAGACCAGCCGGAGAGAGCCAGAAGUCUCUGCUCAUAUCUGACCUCCUACUCUGCUGAUGUGGUGGUUCUUCAGGAAAUGGUCCAACCCUACAUGCGCUUCAUUCACAAACGUCUGUCAGACACCUACAUCUUCAUUAAAGGUGGAGAGGAGGGUUACUUUACCAUGAUGCUGCUGAAGAAGUCACGACUCACUCUGCUGAAUAGUGAGAUCGUCAUCUUUCCAAACACUCAUCAGAUGAGAAACCUGCUCGUUGCUCAGGUGCUGUUCAGAGAUCAGAAGCUGCUCCUGAUGACGUCCCACUUUGAGAGCUGCAAGGCCAGCGCAACAGAGAGGAUGUGGCAGCUGAGGAUGGUGAUGAAGAGGAUGAGCGAGGCUCCUGAUGACGAGACGGUCCUGUUCGGAGGAGACACAAACCUGAGAGACUAUGAGGUGACCACGGUGGGAAUUCCCAGCUCCGUCUGUGACCUGUGGGAGCAGCUGGGAGAACCCGAGAAGUGCCGUUACACAUGGGACACCAAGGCCAACACCAACAAGGGCAUCACCUUCAAGUGUCGCUUCCGCUUCGACCGGGUCUACCUGCGCCGGGCAGCCAAGGAGGGGGUCCCACGGCUGCACCCCCACAGCAUGGCUUUGAUUGGGCUGGAGAAGCUCGAGUGUGAUUACUUCACCAGCGACCACUGGGGGAUCUACUGCAAGUUUUCUGUUGAGUAG